AUGGCUGACUUCGACCUCUCUGCCAACUUUAUCCCCUCCCUACACAAGCCAGCGUCACUUCUCCCCAUCGCUCGGCACAGGCAGAAUCUCCUCUACCUAAUAGAGAAGUACCCAGUCACAAUUGUCGUUGGACAUACCGGUUCGGGGAAAACAACACAGAUACCUCAGUAUCUAGAGCAAGCAGGAUGGUGUGCAGAGGGCAAGAUUAUUGCAGUUACUCAGCCUCGUCGAGUAGCGGCAACUACAGUGGCUAUCAGAGUAGCUGAAGAAGCAGGAUGUAAAGUUGGUGAAGAAGUCGGCUACUCAAUCCGAUUUGAAGAUGUCACUUCAGCUUCGACACGCAUCAAGUUCUUAACAGAUGGGCUAUUACUCAGAGAAGCUCUCAUAGAUCCCCUGCUGUCACGAUAUUCGGUGAUCAUGGUGGAUGAAGCUCAUGAACGAUCAUUGAGCACGGAUGUUCUUCUUGGGGUGCUUAAGAAGAUCUUGAAGAGGCGCCCGAAUGAUCUGAGGAUCAUCAUUAGUAGUGCUACUUUGCAAGCAGAGGAUUUUCUCAAAUUCUUCGCAGGAGACACCGAAAUCCAGCCGAAGCCGGCCACCCCAGCUGCUGUGACUCUUGAUGAUCUGGUUUCUCAAGGCGGUUCAACAGCUCCAGAUACCGAUAAUGUGCUCGGUGGUAACAUUGGGAGGAUCAUCAGUUUGGAGGGAAGAAUGUAUCCCGUCGACGUUCUGUAUGUAGAGAAACCUGCUGAGGACUACGUUGAGAAGGCCGUGCAAACGGUCUUUGACAUACAUACGAAGGAACCCGAUGGAGACAUUCUAGUCUUUCUUACGGGAAGAGAAGAGAUCGAUACUGCUGUACAAGCAAUCUCUGAACGAGCUGCGAAUCUGCAUCCUCGAGCACAAACGAUUAUGCCACUACCGUUAUACGCGGGACUAUCGACAGAGCAGCAGAUGUACGUCUUCGAAGAGGCACCUGAAAACACGAGAAAGGUCAUAUUCUCCACAAAUAUCGCAGAAGCAUCUAUCACAAUCGACGGGAUCGUCUAUGUUGUGGAUACUGGAUUCGUCAAAUUACGAGCUUUCAAUCCUUUGACGGGCAUUGAAACACUGACAGCUACUCCUAUAUCGAAAGCAUCGGCUACCCAGAGAGCAGGGCGGGCUGGUCGAACAAAGACUGGAAAAUGCUACCGCCUAUAUACAGAGUCAACAUUCCAAUCGCUUGAGGACGCCACGAUACCAGAGAUACAAAGGUCAAACUUAGCGCCCGUCAUUCUACAGCUCAAGGCUUUAGGAAUCGACAACAUUGUUCGAUUCGACUUUAUCACCUCCCCUCCAGCAGAACUCGUCAUUCGUGCUCUUGAGCUCCUCUAUUCCCUCGGUGCACUCGACGACUACGCCAAGUUGACGCGUCCACUCGGCACGCGCAUGGCAGAAUUAGCCGUAGAGCCCAUGAUGGCCAAAACCCUACUAUCUGCAUCAUCGUUUGGGUGUCUAAGCGAGAUUUUGACCAUUGCAGCAAUGACAAGCGUCGGAGGCAAUAUCUGGUUCCAUCAUGACGGCGAAAAGAAGAAAAUGGAGACAGCACGUCGGAAAUUUGCUGUUGAGGAAGGAGAUCAUAUCACGCUUCUCAAUGUCUACCAAGCCUUCGUUACGAAAGGCAGGAAAGAAACGAAGUUCUGCCAUGACAACUAUAUCAAUUUCAAAGCCCUCACGCGCGCUGUUAGCAUACGAGCCCAGCUGAAACGCUACCUCGAGAGAUUCGGUAUCGUCGUCGAUGAAACGCUCUCUUCCAACGCCAACAAGCACCCCUUAGCAGUCGGCGGCCCAGAUAAAGGAGAGAAGAUCCGUCGUUGUCUAACGACAGGAUUCUUCGCUCACGCAGCGAAGAUGCAACCCGACGGCACGUUCAGAAAUGUUGCGGGAGGCACGAUAUUACAUGCUCAUCCGAGUUCGUUGAUGUUUAAUCGCAGAGCUGAUUGGGUUAUCUUUCAUGAGGUUAUGGAGACGGGGAACAAGACUUUUAUAAGGGAUGUUACGAAGAUCGAGAAGAGUUGGCUAGUGGAGUAUGCUCCGGAUUUUUACAAGAUACGAUGA